CAUGGCAAAAGCGCAACAAAUUGGGGAUUGCAAUUGGUGAAUCAACUGUCCGUUGCUCAUCUCAUUCAUUUUCUUAUCUUACCAUUCUUCCCAAACCAUAUCACAUCCUUCAAACUUCAAUUUCUCUGACACAACUUUUCAGCUCCACUUCACUCUGCAAUUCAAUUCAAAAAUGUUGUGUGUCAACACCGCCUUCACUUCUUUCAUACCCAGAAAACCAACUUGUGUUUUUCCCUCCAAAUCAACCACCCCAAUUUCCUGCACCCUCCAAGGAACCGUUGCCGAACCAAAAUCUACAGCUGCUGCUGAACCGCUUUUGCUUAAUGCAGUUCGUGGGGUAGAGGUUGAAAGACCACCGGUUUGGCUCAUGAGGCAAGCAGGGAGGUACAUGAAGAGUUACCAAACCAUCUGUGAGAAAUAUCCUUCAUUCCGUGAAAGAUCUGAAAAUGUCGAUCUUGUGGUGGAAAUUUCCCUGCAACCAUGGCAUGUUUUCAAGCCUGAUGGAGUGAUUUUAUUCUCAGACAUUCUUACCCCACUUUCUGGAAUGAAUAUACCCUUUGAUAUUGUGAAGGGUAAGGGUCCUGUUAUAUUUGAUCCUAUUCACACAGAUGCCCAGGUCAAUCAAGUGAGAGAGUUUGUUCCUGAAGAAUCAGUUCCAUACGUUGGUGAAGCACUGACAAUAUUGAGGAAAGAGGUCUGACUGGUGCUAUGUUCCGUUGCAUUUCUGCUUUUGUUCGUUUUACACCCCCACUUCCUUUUUAUACCUGAAGUAUGCAUGUUUUGUCCAAUACCAUAAGACAGGAAAUUCUGUAUAUUUUGUGAUUAAAAGGGAUUUCUCUGUAUUUUAAGGAUGUUAAUUGGUUGGGGGCU